GGCACCGCCACCGGCUGGCACCGUCCCCGCUCGCCAGCUAUUAAUAGGGGCCGGGCUGCUGCUGCUGAUCCGGGUGCUGCCUGGGCACGGGGAGAGAUCCUGCGCAGGGCAGAGGGGCGGCGCCCUCGAAGGCGGCGGCGGCGGCGCAGCCACAACACCCCCCCCCCCAUCGCCCAGGCAGGGGCGCAGAAGGGGCAGAGGGCGCCCCGGGGACGCGCGCCGGAGCCCCUGCCGAUUGCUCAAUCGUCCCUACCUGAUAAAUGUAUCCAAUAUGGACCAUACCCUGGCCUGGCUCUGGCGUCUCCUGUGGAUGCUGACACUGCUGUAUUUGCCUCUCCGAGAAGUCCAUGGCUUCUUCCCCAAUUUCUGGUCUCGCGCCAUGGCUCUCGCCUGGGAGUCCGUCACCCACCAGGACAUGACCGAGGAGGCCAUUCUGAACGUCACCGUGCGCCUCCUUGCAGAGACGCCUCGCCCCGGCAAGGGGAAACGCAUCCGGGAGGAGGACUUCAAGGACAAGACUCUCCUGGCGGAUGACAUAUUUGCUGCUUUCUACGGCCCUGGGGUAUCGGCAAAGCGUUUCCGCGCAGCUAUCGCCCAGGUGGCCAACGCCAAUGCCGCCAUGGACUUUGCGAAUACUACGCGGGAUGACCCUGUGCUCCACUUCGACUCAGAGCUUAUCCACUCCACCAGUGCCUGGCUGCUGCAGGCCCGCAAAGAGGUCCUUCAAGCCGUUCGCUCUGAGCAGUAUGAUGUUGCCCGAGAGAGGCUGGGCCAGCUGCUCCAUUCCUUACAGGAUUUCUACAGCCAUAGCAACUGGGUUGAACUUGGACAUCAGCAGAUACACCCAGAUCUGGCCCAGCCAGGCCGUGAAAUCAAAUCCAUUGCGGAAGCUGGCGUCCGGACUUGCAGCGACUGCUCAGAGUGGACAUGUGAAGAAAACCUCUUACAAGGCAUCACUGCUAAAAGGCUUCUGACAACGGGUUACUAUGGCACCCAACCAGAAAAACCAAUUGGGAAGUGUAGUCAUGGCGGGAGAUUUGACGACAGCCGCCACAGAGAACCUCGUGGCGGUAUCAAUAAGGACAGCUCAUCCUUUUUGUUCUCGCCCCACCAUUAUCUGCAUAGUGAGGCGGCGGCUCUGGCCCAGGAGGCCUCCAAACACUUCUUGGAGAAGCUGUGGCGAGAAAUGGGGAGCAAGCCGUUCAUGAGGCUACUGGAUAUCAGUCCAACCACAGGAUUGAGCUUUGUCGUGGACACCACUGGAAGCAUGGGAGAAGAGAUCAAUGCUGCGAAGUUUCAGGCACGACAUAUCAUUGACCGGCGCCGUGGCACUGCUCAAGAGCCAGAUUUCUACCUCUUAGUGCCUUUCCAUGACCCUGGGUUUGGCCCGGUCCAUAAGACCAGUGACCCAGAAAAAUUCUGGAAAAUCCUUGACAGCAUCAGUGCUCUGGCUGGUGGGGAUGAGCCGGAAAUGUGCCUUUCUGCAUUGGAGCUUGCCCUCCAGAGCUCACCAGCAUACUCUGAGAUCUUCGUCUUUACUGACGCAUCCGCUAAAGAUGCUCAUCUCAAGAACAGGGUGGAAGCUCUUAUCCAGGAAAAGAAAUGCAAGGUGACCUUCCUAAUCACAGAAGAUCCAUCCAAGACCCGUGCGAAACGGGAAACGCUUGCUCCAGACCGAUUCAAUCUCUACAUAAACCUGGCUCACAGCUCGGGAGGCCAAAUCAUAUUUACAGACAACCGAAACAUCCAGGAGGUGGCCAAGAUCAUUGGUGAAUCCAGCAUAUCUUCGGUGAUCCUCUUCCGCCACCAGAAAGGAAACAUCUUCAGCCAUAAGGGGCCUCGGCGGAAGACAAAGAGGCAGGCCACUGAACUGGAGAUUCACCGGUUCUGGAUUGACAGCUUGGUAGACAAAGUGGUGGUGACUAUCCAAGGUGCCAUCCGGGGCUUUGAAAUCAGGGACCCUGCAGGUGCAUCUCAAACUGAUGCAUCAACCCGUGGUCCCUUAGCCACGAUCCAGUCCAUUGGUGGCAUCUACAGAGCAUUCCUGUCUUCCCCUGUCCGAGCUGGCCAAUGGAUGUUGAAGCUUCAGUCGAAAGGCCACUAUUCUGUGCACAUCCAGGGUCAGAGCAGCCUUGACUUCCUCUAUUCCUUUGCUGUUCCAGUGGAUGGACGCCACCCAGGGCUUCUGAUGGACAGUCACCCUAUAGAAGGCCUGCCUACUUACCUGGUGGUGAUGGCGAUGGGUUUGAAUCAGUCAGAGACUGGCCCGGUUCAGCUGCAGGCCGUGAGCUUGGAGGGGAGGACGGGCAGCCUGGGGGAGCUAAAACUGCAAGGGAGAACCAGCCGGACUGACCUCUUUGUGGCCGAGCUGCCUCCGGGACUCUUGAACAGUGGCAACUUUUCUGUGGUGCUACGUGGCAUGGACGGCGAGGGGCGGAAGUUGGAGAGGGCUGCUCCUCAAGCUGCCACCGUUGUGGGAUCCCUGCUGGAGCUGAGCAGAGAGACCCCUGCCUUCCCAGGAAAGCCUGUUACCAUCACCUGGAAAGUGACAAAUCCUGGCUCAUCCAAGCAGUAUGUUCUGAAAGUGAGCAGUGUCCCCCAGCUCCCGGCCAGCAUCUCCAGCUCCAGGCUACAAUUAAGCCAUAAUCAGACAGCAACAGGACAGAUCUCUCUGGAUGUCCCUGAUACUGCUGCUCCCGGCUCUGUGAUUACCAUAACCCUGCAGGUCAUCACUCUCCAGCCAGCUGGGGAACCUGGCUUUGCCCAUGUCCAUCUGCUGGUGAUGCCUCGACCUCCAGUGCAGAUCCUCUCACACCCACACUGCAAUGUCACUUCUGUAAGUGGUUCCUGUGGCCCACCAGAGUCCCCUUGUCACGGCCAGCAUUGGACGGCUACUGUGCGAAUCUGGGACCAAGCUGGCGUUCGCUCGGUGCAGGUGGAUGGCGCCGCUGCGGUCCCUCACCAAGCUGAUGGGCCGGCGGAGUCGGUCACGUACGCCUCAGACUGUUGCUCGCCACGGGCUGAGCUGGUGGUCACCAACCUGCUGGGGGAGAAGUAUCGGUGCCAAGUGGCAGCACCGCCGCCCGCUCUUCCUGGCAAGGCAGUGGCAGCACCGCCGUCUGCUCUUCCUGGCAAGGCAAUGGGUAUCGCGGCAGCUGGUACCACAGCCUGGGGGUGGGCAUUGACAGCCCUGGUGGCGAUGGACUGGCUAGGGCUGUAUGACUUCAUGAUAACCCAUGUUGCAACUAGGGAUGGGAGAAGCAUGCUCAAGGUCACUGAAAUCCUCUGAACUUGACUUCAAAGCUCAGUGUGGCUCGCUCUCGCUUGCAACCUGUUUUUCGGUUCGUUCGAAUGGGGCAAGUGGUGCCUUUUUCAAAAAGGCGCGCAUUUUGCAAACUGGAGCUUGGGAAUUUGAGAACAUUUUUGGAGAACACAUGCUCCUCUUUGCGGUUGCAAAGGGGGGUGGGCAUUUCUGAAUUAUUUUUGAAACCGAAUUCUUACACAACCUGCGUGGGGAAAGUUCCCAAUGUAGAGGCUGCCCUCUGCUGGGUUCUUGUGGUAUUUCACUUUGGUUUGGAGCAGAUGAACAGGCCUGGCAAAAAAGUGAGGAUGCAGAACAGAGGAGCAGUUCCUGAAAUUUCGGCUACUGUGGAAGCAGCAGAUGAGAUCCCAUGAUGGGACCACUGAUUCAUAUUGCACUGAGAUUCACAGAAGGCCAAUCUGAAGGAAGCGUAGGAUAAGGGUUCAUCCCUUUACCAGAUCUGUAUAGCUCUGCUCUUAAUAGUAGAGCUAAAUAUAGACCAAAAACUUCCAUCAGACAAGUGAAUUUUCGUGUUUCCCUACCGUUGCUAUGGCCUGCUGCUGCUGUCCCACAAUAGUGAUGAACUCUUUACACGGGGAGAGAAAGAGGAAGCAGCAACGACCACAUGGCCCAUUCAGGGGCCAUUUAUAUUGUGCCGCUUUUACUGCACACAGCAGGAAAUGGCAGCACAUUCCGUUUAAAAAAAUCGGAUUAAAAGGGAUCUAUUUUGCGAUGGAAAAACAAGUGGAAGGAGCAGGAGGCGCGUGAGAGGCGGAUGUCGUCGUCAUCUAAAGGACGUGCGGACAUCUGUAAGUGGGCAGUAGCGAGAGUGCAUUAAAACGCUCAUCUGAUGACGCUCCAAGUCUUUCUUGGUCUUGAUAUGGAGAGAAUAGAACUCAUGAAGUCGCCUUCUAUUGAGGUAGACCAUUGGUCUCAGCGGCCUAGUAUUGUUGACUUGUCAAGCUGUUGCUCUCCGUGGUGUGUCUGUUGUCAUUUUGACCCUGAUGACUUAAAAAUGGCAGGAUCGAAACGGAGGCUUCUGCCUGCCAAGCAUGUGCUCUACCACAGAGGUAUGACUGUUCCCAAGAGGGAGCACCACAGAGUCUUGUGGGGGGGGGUCUGAACCCACAGUCUUGCUGCUAUGAGUUCCAUGCCCUGGAUGGCAUUACUAGCCUUGGCGUUACUAGUCCCAAGCUCUGAGCUUGACAUCCACGUCUCUUGCAUUCUUUCCCCUUAUCUGUCUGUGCCCCUACUGUUUUCAUUGUUUGUCUCUCUGUUGAUCUCUGCAAUCUCUACUUGUCUGUUGCAGCCCUUAAUCUUUGCGCUUCUGCACAGACCUCUUUUAUUUUUUGACCUUGCCACCAGAGGUUUAUUCCCUUCCAGUCAUAACAGCGUUUCUCUAAAUGAGUGAUAAAACCUGCUGACUUACUGGGCUUUCUUCUUGCAGAGCCAUUCCGGGAUUACAAUGGGCACAAUAAAUAUGCCUCUCUCUUUCCUCUCCCCUCCUUUUUUGGCGGUUCCCGUGGUGGGGAAGUUCCAUAUGUUCCAUUUAAAUAGCCAGCAGAUGGCGCUGCAACAUUUCAGGAGUAUACUGCUAUCCAGGAAACAGACCAGCUUUUUGAUAACGGUGUAGAUUUCUUACUCUAUUUUGGCAAGUUAAAUCUCAGCAAAAUAAACCUCAAAACCAGUGGGAGAGGCACCGCAGGACGGUGAUGUCAUGAAAAGGAUCCGGAAACUUCUGUGAGAAACCUAUCUUGAUCGCUCUACAUAUGCUCCAUGUGAAGGAGCCCACAGACACUGGUUGCUUGCAGAUGAAGCUUUUGUGACAGCACCCUGCCUUGUUCAAAAAAUGUUCCAGGGUCUAGAUGUUGGGGCCUUCCGCUUGCAGCUAUCUUGUGUUUUCUUAAUGCUUCUUCCAUCUUUUCUCUUACCACAGAUAAUCCAUUAAGUAAGAAAAGACAGAAUAGCUGUGCAAUGCCUUCUCAGUGGUGGCUCUAUGAACUCCUUGUUUAGAAACACCCACUGCUGUUGCAUCACUUUUGCCAAUGGCCUACAAGAAUUGAAGCUGGUUUUGCUUUGGCUUCAGCUAGAGGCUCAAGUGUGCAGGAGAGCUACAUCCCAGCAUAUGUGUCUGUGUGGUGGGGUUGGCAGGAAUUUGUUGUACAUAAUUAUGGUGCAUACACCACACAGAAUGCAGAAACAUCUCAAAUUUAUUCCGCAAGUUUAAAAAUUAAGCAUGGAGAAUUUUUUAAAAGGUGCCAUGCACUAUUGACACAGUAUUACAGCCAGGCCAGUGAUGCUGGUGGCAUUAAAAUGUGCACAUACAAAGUGUCUGCCAAUGCGUACACACACACAUAUGCACACACCAAUGUGCAUAUAUAUAUACUGGGUCCAGCUAUCACCCACCGCUGUCCUCUUGCACUUUCUGUAACUUUAGUUCCAACUGAACAGAAAACAAAACAUUCUUAAACUGUUUUUCAUUCCUUAUAAGUCCCUAGCCCCUGCACCCAUCCUUCUAAAUUUUUGCAAGUUUCUCAUCUAAAACUUCCAAAAGCUCUAUGAAUUUUCAUAGAUCUGCAUAUAUAUUUUUGGGCCAACUGAUCAAAAUCUCUCUCUAUUUUUAUGCAAAUUAUUUUUUUAUUGCCAGAUGUUUAGUUUUUGCCGUACAAGAUGAAUGUUUUGUGUGUAUAUGUAUGUGUAUAUAGAGAGGUUUCUUUAAUGGAUAAAGAAGCUUGAAAAAAUUGUUUA